AUGAAUCUAGAAGAACUGUUGGCUUAUAUUGAAUCAUUUAAUAAAUUCAAUGAAAAUAUUAGAUUCCUUCAUAUUAAUGAUAACGAUAAUGAUAAUAAUGACUAUAACACAAAACUGUUGAAUCCAAGAAUGAAGCAUUCUUUGAAGAAGCAAAUGACAUUAGCAUCUCCAUUGCAAGAAUGUGAGGAUUCAUUUCCAGUUUUAGAUGCUCAAAUUGAUCCCAUUCAACAAGAUCAACAACAGCAACAACAUUCCCAAAUUCUUAUAUUUAAUGAUGUUGAAGGUGGUGUUAACUACUUUUAUGAAGAUGAAGAUAAUGAACAACAAGAAAAUCCUGAAAUUGAAGAUAUUUCCCCUAUUUCAAUCGCUAGCUUAGAUGGAAAGAUUAGAAGGAAACGUCUGAAUAGUGUACAACAUUCGAUCAAUCAUUCCAGAAAUAAUACCAUAGAAAAAUAUAGAAUAAGUAAAUCAUCCAAUACAUCCCCUACCAUUAAGUUACCUCUUAAACCAGAAAUCAAAAUAGCAACAAUUGAAAACUACGCUCAACAUUUGGUCCAUGAGAAAGGAUCAUCUUCUUCGAAUAACGUUGGCAAUCCGUUUUAUAAACCAAAGUAUAAGUCUACUACUUCCAUUCCAAACAUGGUGAACUACUCUCAAUUGGCUGCCAACAAUGAAGUGGCUGAUUCUGAAUCCUUGUCAAACACUAAGCGAGCUGACUCCUUAGUCGAUCAAUCAUUCAAAUUCAACUUCUAA